AUGAGGAAGAUGCUGGCCGCUGUGGUCUCCCGCAUGUUGGGGGUCGCCCAGAAGUCAGCUCGCAGAGUGCUGCUGACUUCCUGUAACUUUUCAAAUGACGCUACCAUUGACAUUAAGGGUUGUGAUCUUUAUCGGUUGGAAAAGGGGCCCCCCACGACUGCGGUGCUCACCAGGGAGGAAGGGCUCAGAUACUACAGGGCCAUGCAGGUCGUUCGCCGCAUGGAAUUGAAGGCUGAUCAGCUGUAUAAGCAGAAGUAUAUUCGUGGCUUCUGUCACUUGUGUGAUGGUCAGGAAGCUUGCUGUGUGGGUCUCGAGGCAGCAAUAAACCCCUCUGAUCAUGUCAUCACGUCCUAUCGGGCUCAUGGCAUAUGCUAUAUCCGUGGACUCUCGGUCAAGUCCAUCCUGGCGGAGCUGACGGGAAGAAGAGGAGGUUGUGCGAAGGGAAAAGGAGGCUCCAUGCACAUGUAUGCCAAGAACUUCUAUGGGGGCAAUGGCAUCGUUGGUGCGCAGGUACCCCUGGGAGCUGGCAUUGCACUGGCCUGUAAAUACAUGGGGAAAAAUGAAAUCUGUUUGACUUUAUAUGGGGAUGGCGCUGCUAACCAGGGGCAGAUAGCUGAAGCUUACAAUAUGGCAGCCUUGUGGAAACUACCUUGUGUGUUCAUCUGUGAGAAUAACCGCUAUGCAAUGGGCACCGCUAUUGAGAGAGCAGCGGCCAGCACUGAUUAUUACAAGAGAGGCAAUUUUAUCCCUGGGAUCAGGGUGAAUGGGAUGGAUGUUCUAUGUGUCCGGGAGGCCACGAAGUUUGCCGUUGAGCACUGCAGGUCUGGAAAGGGGCCCAUAGUGAUGGAGCUAGAGACCUACCGUUAUCAUGGACACAGCAUGAGCGAUCCUGGAAUCAGUUAUCGCACACGAGAAGAAAUUCGGAUCAUGAGAAGUAAGAGCGAUCCGAUUAUGCUUCUCCAAGAGAAAAUGAUAAGCUACAAGCUCACCAGUGUUGAAGAAUUAAAGGAAAUAGAUGCGGAAGUUAGGAAGGAAGUUGAGGAUGCUGCCCAGUUUGCUAUAACUGAUCCGGAACCAGGUUUGGAUGAAUUAGGCCAUUACCUCUACAGCAAUAAUCCAACUUUUGACGUUCGUGGUGCAAAUCAGUGGAUCAAAUAUAAGUCCAUCAGUUAA